AUGGGAAACUUCUGUGGAGUAUAUAAAAGCAAUAAAACUAAUCCAGAACCAGUACCUCUUGAAACAGAUAUAAAAAAAACAAAUGGAAAAAAUGAUAAUGAAAUUAAAAAAAAUGAAGAUGGAAGAAAUGAGAAUAGUGAGGUAGAAGUUAAGGGAAUAUUAAAAAAUAAAAUAAAAAAUGAUGAAGAAUCAGAUGGAGCAAUAAGAAUUUUAUUAUUAGGGGCACCUGAAUCAGGUAAAUCUACAUUAAUGGAACAAAUAAGGUUGUUAUAUAAGCAAGACUUUAAGGACACAGAAUUGAUACAUAGAAAAGCAUUUAUUUAUAAUAACAUUGUUGAUUCCAUGAAACAGAUAAUAUUUCACAUGAAAGAAAAAAAAUUUUGCCUUGAAAAUGAGGAUAAUGAAGCAAAGGCAGAUUUUUUAUUAAAUGGAUUUGAAAAUGUAUAUGGACCAUUUGAUGAAAAAGAAAUUGAUUGUAUUAAAACUUUGUGGAAUGAUAAAAAUAUACAGGAAGUAUAUAAAAGAAGAGGUCAAUUUAAUUUAAAUGAUUCUGCUGGAUAUUUUUUUGAAGAAAUUGAUAGAAUAAACCAACCAAAUUUUAUUCCUACCCCAGAAGAUUUAGUAAGAGCAUAUGUUCCUACAUUAGGUGUAGAUAAUCUUAUUUUUACGGCAAAAAAUAAAAGUUAUCAAAUUAUUGAAUAUGGAGGAACCAAACUUGAUGUUAAAUUAAUUGAAGAUUUAUAUGAUGGAAUAAAUUGUGUUUUUUUUGUUAUUGCAAUAAGUGAAUAUGAUCAAUUUUCACCAAAUGACAAAGAAGAUUCAAAAUUUCAAAAUGCAUUGAAGAUUUUAGAUAAAUGUUGUAAUCACUGCAGAGAUUUAAACGUGCCUUUGUAUGUUUUUCUUAAUGAGACAGAUGUUUUUAUAGAAAAAUUGGAUGUAUCCCCAUUGAGUUUAUAUUUUGAUGAUUACACGGGUUUAAGUAGUAAAGAUGCUCUUCUUUUUAUACAUGAAUUGGUAGAAGAACGUUGCUCUAUGCAUGGGUUGAAAGAUUUACAUCACGAAACACUUUGUUGUUGUAUUAAAAUUGAUGAAACUGGAAAAAUGCUUGAAAAAAUAUUUAAAAGAUUAAAGAAAUGA